AUGGCCUCCCCACGGACUCAGACCGCCAACGCCAUCGCAGCCAUCCACGCGCGGAACACCAAUCAGGCGACAACACUCCAGAUCCCCGAUAUUGACUUUACGCAGCAUCAGCUCGAGAAUGGAGAGGUGGUCAGUACGACCGAGCGGGUCGUGAAGGAUGUCCAAGCCCCAGCGAUGUAUGUCCCGACAGACGAGCAGUUCUACUCGAAAGAGGACAAGUCAAAGCCGGAUAUCGCGUUCCUCAAGAACCACUUUUAUCGGGAAGGGAGAUUGACCGAGGAACAGGCGUUGUUCAUCCUGCAGAAGGGUGGAGAGGUAUUGAAGGCUGAGCCGAACUUGCUCGAAGUGGACGCGCCCAUCACUGUCUGCGGUGAUAUACAUGGUCAAUACUACGAUCUGAUGAAGCUCUUCGAAGUGGGCGGAAACCCCUCCGAAACGAGGUAUCUGUUCCUGGGCGACUAUGUCGACCGAGGAUACUUCUCCAUUGAAUGUGUCCUCUAUCUGUGGUCGUUGAAGAUGUGGUACCCCGACACCCUGUUCCUCUUGCGGGGCAACCACGAAUGUCGCCAUUUGACCGACUACUUCACCUUCAAGCUGGAAUGCAAGCACAAGUACUCGGAAACCGUCUACAACGCGUGCAUGGACUCGUUCUGCAACCUUCCCUUGGCGGCGGUCAUGAACAAGCAGUUCCUCUGUAUCCACGGCGGUCUCUCGCCGGAACUGCACACCCUUGACGAUCUGCGUACUAUCAACCGGUAUAGGGAGCCUCCGACCCAUGGGCUCAUGUGCGAUAUCCUCUGGGCGGACCCGCUUGAGGAUUUCGGAAGUGAAAAGAACCCGAACGAUACAUUUAUUCACAAUCACGUCCGGGGAUGCUCAUACUUCUUCACGUACGCCGCAGCCUGUCAAUUCUUGGAGCGCAACAACCUGCUAUCCAUCAUCAGAGCGCAUGAGGCGCAAGAUGCCGGAUACCGGAUGUACAGGAAGACAAAGACGACCGGUUUCCCAUCGGUCAUGACGAUCUUUUCUGCCCCCAACUACCUCGACGUGUAUGCCAACAAGGCUGCUGUGCUCAAGUACGAGUCGAACGUUAUGAACAUUCGGCAAUUCAACUGCACACCCCACCCGUACUGGUUGCCGAACUUCAUGGAUGUCUUCACUUGGUCCUUGCCUUUCGUGGGAGAGAAGAUCACCGAUAUGCUGAUAGCUAUUCUCAACUGCUGCACCAAGGAGGAGCUCGAGGAGGAAGAGGAGACACCGAUGAUCACCCCCGAAACGCCCGAGAUCGAAGAUCCCACCGAGAGCCAGCAACAGAGGCAGCUCAUCAAGUCGAAGAUCCUUGCUGUUGGGCGGAUGUCGCGCGUCUUUGCGCUCUUACGAGAGGAGUCCGAGAAGGUCUCCGAGCUCAAGAGCAUCUCGGGAGCCAAUGGUGCGCCAGGUGUUGAGCUUGCGAGCGGGGCAGAAGAGAUCAAGGAUGCAAUUCACGGGUUUGAUGAUGCGCGGAAGUCUGAUAUUGAAAAUGAGCGGCUGCCGCCAGAUAUCAUCGAUCCCGAUGACGAGUCCCCCGCCACCCCCUCCCCGAGCCACUCGAUCCCCCACACCCCCGAAGAAAUGCCCUACGUCCCCAUCACUGGCCCGUUUGCGACGCACGACUCCCCCAUCGCCCCUUCUCCCUCGGACGGCACCGUCCCUGGCCCCCUCUCGCCCGGUUCAGGCGGCGGCGGCGGAUCUCCCGGUACACCCACCGCGGGCGGUGGCAUGUCGUGGCGCCGAGGCCACUCGCGCAAGCAGUCGCUCGGAACGACCAAGACGUCGCCUUCGAACCGGAGGCGCAGUCUGGAGAAUACGAUGCACCUCAUCAGGGACGUCGUGGAUGGCAGAGACGCGAAUGCGGAUGGGCAGCUCCGGAGCUUGGCCGAGGUUAUUGCGAGUCCGUCGAGCCCGACGAGGGGGAAGGGGGACGGUGGAGCUUGA